UAAGCAGCGCGUGUUUUUAAUUAAAUAGUUUCUCCGUGCCGUGAGAACCCGAACUUAAAAAGCUGCAGGACUAUAUACCAAAUGUUUAAACGUAUUAAAUAUACUUAUUAAUAAAAUUCCGCUCCUCUUCCUUCCUCAAGGGAAAUGUGCGUGCGAGUGGGUGUGUCGAGCGAGUUUAAACUUUAGGAUGAGUUAAAGUUUGAUGAUGGCCGUGUGGACCCGCGCGGAGAAACAGGGUCACCUGGACCUACUGCUGAGUGACCGCUGGGUCCGGGUGUCCGCGGAGCUCACGCGGGACAACCUCACUCUCACGGCGGAGGGAGAACCGGGCGGGCCCGCGGGGUACCCGGAGCACAACUCGCAUCUGAAAAACGGCGUUUCCAAUGGCAACGAACAGAACCGGGAUGUUUUUACGAAUCGCGUGCAAUACGACAAUAGCCCGGGUCGCGUUAACGGGACCGGGUCGGACUCGGAGUCCAGCGGUUACUGUGACCCGGAGGGUGUCCGCAGAGUUCGGAUAGUCAAGCAGGAGUCCGGCGGACUGGGGAUUAGCAUUAAAGGGGGACGAGAGAACCGUAUGCCUAUCCUAAUAUCAAAGAUCUUCCCCGGUUUAGCUGCGGAUCAAAGCCGAGCUCUGCGUGUGGGCGACGCGAUACUGUCCGUCAACGGCAGCGAUCUCCGCGAUGCCACGCACGACGCGGCGGUGCAGGCACUGAAGAAGGCCGGGAAGGAGGUCACGCUGGAGGUGAAGUACAUCAGAGAAGUGUCUCCACUCUUCAAGAAGACCUCCAUGAGUGCAGAUCUGUCCUGGGAUGGCCGUCUGCAGUCUCCAAACCUCAGCAGCAGCGAUGAAUCCCCCAAGAGCAGCGUCAGCCGAGACAGAAAGGUCAUCCCGCUCAAAAUGAGCUUCAUCAGCCGAAACCUCACCAUGCCUGACCUGGAGAACAGGUUGCUGGAGCUUCAUUCUCCGGACGGUCAGCACACGGUGGUGCUGCGCUGUAAAGACGGAGCCACUGCUCACUCCUGGUUCACAGCCAUUCACACCAACGUGGCGGCUCUUUUACCACAGACCCUGGGCCACAUCAACACCUUCCUGAACAAUGCCAACACUCACUGCACUCUCAAACACAUCGGCUGGCUGGCGGAGCAGCUCGAUGUAGACGGCGGCCGGCAUCAGUACCGAAGAGUCAUCAUGGCACUUACAGAGAAAGAUAUCCUGCUCUUCCAGUCUGUGCCGUGGACGUAUGAGAGCUGGACGACUCCUGUAUUAACACACCCGCUGCUCGCCACACGGCUAGUUCACUCGGGCAGUGUGCGCAGUUCUCCAGCUCUCGGUGGAGAUCUGCUGUUCGCCACGCGGACCGGCACCGGGCGAGGGAUCGAGUCUCAUGUGUUUCGUGUGGAGACGCACUGGGAUCUGUCUACAUGGACACGAGCGCUGGUGCAGGGCGGCCAUUCAGCUGCAGAGCUCAUCAAAGAGGUUUCCAUAGGCUGUGUGUUGAACAGGCAGAACGUGCGUCUGAUCCUGCACUACGAGCGAGGAUUCACAGUGACGCGCGAGUCUGGCGAUUCGGUGCUCUUCCACUUCCCCUACGAGCGGCUCAAGAUGUCCGCCGACGACGGAGUCCGAAAUCUCUUCCUGGACUUCGGCGCUCCAGAAGGAGAGAUGGUGUUUGAGCUUCACUCGGGACCGAAACCUGUGGUGUUUGUGCUUCAUUCGUUUCUCUCAGCCAAACUGGCUCGAUUGGGGCUGCUGACGUAAAAAACACACACACACACACACACACACACACACACAUGGAGCAGAUGAUAGAGAUUUCCUUCAUUUAUUCAUUCUAGUGUUUCAUUCCAUCAGCGUUUCAUAGUUACACUUCUAACCAACACAGUGUGUGUGUGCGUUUAUUUGUGUGUCUGUUUGUUUGUGUAUAUGUUUGUUAUGUGUGUGUGUGUCUUCCUAAAGCCGAACACAAUCUUCCUGCGCUCAGAUCAGGGACACACCAGUCGUGCCUUCACAUUUAGAGCUUUUCACACGUUUUUCAGGCUUAAAGCUUUGCUAAAUGAACAUUUAUUCUUGUAUUAUCUUUGUUUUUCUUCCACGUAACUCACUUGUAUUUAUGUUUAUAACGUGUAUUGCAUGGCAAAAGACUGUUACAUAUGUGUGUUAUAUCUUGAGUGAAUAUACAGUGUGUGUGUGUGAAUGUGGCAGUAACAUUAAGACUGCUGCUCAUGCAAAUAUGGAGAAAACCAAGCUUUAAAUGCAUUCCUGUAUGCGACGACCAAAAAUAACCUUCCUGAGCUGUAAUUGUUUUGGACGUGAUUGAUUUCAGGGUGGAUUUAACAAGCGGCUUGUGACAAAAAUGGCGUCAGUAUGAACAAAAGUGACACAAAAAAUGACGACAACCAUGUAAGAGAUUAGUUUUACAGGCUCUAAGGUCAUUUAGAGCAAUUUUUUGGCAUAAAAUAACAAGAAUAGUUCAAAUAAGUUCAAUAUUUUCUGUUAUUUUCAGUCACAACAAAUAAAAACCAAUUAUUGAAUCUCAAUAACAAAAGAAAAUCUCAACAUAACAACAUUUUACUUAGAAAUUUGACCAAAAAUGUAGUAAAAAAUGCAUUUUUUAAGUGGUCUCAUUCAUAUAAUGCAAUUAAAAAGUCAAUUUCUUUCCCUGUAUAUUGUAUUUUUAUCAUUAUUAACCAUUAUUGAUACAUCAAGAGUGGUAAUCAACCAAAUAAUAGUAAUAUAAUAUUACAGCCACAUUAUAUAAUGAGUUCCUCCUUUAAAUGUAGUAAUUUAUUUACAAUUUUAACAUGUUUGGUGUUAUUGGUAGCCGUUUUUAAUAUACUAAUUGAUUGAUGCAAUUGGUUGCAUUGAAAUAUUUGACAAAAAAAGACUAAAUAAAGUACAUUUUUGGACAAAAAAAGGUAGAAGUUGCAAAUAAAUAGCUUCUAAUGUUAAUUUUUGGCCCUGAUUAAUUCAUUUCUGAGAUUAAUUUGCAAUCAGCAUAAAAUAUUAUUGUGUUUUUUUACACCAAUAAUUUAUGUUGUUUGACCAGACCAGCUCCAGGCCUUGAUAUUAUUUUUAUUUUCACUUUAAUUUGUAUUUUUGUGCUGUACAUUUAAUAUACCACUGCUUAACCAGCAUUAGAUCAGCAUCCCAUCGCUUAAAUAAACAGCAAACAUCAGGGAGUUUUCCGAUUUCCAUGCUAGGAAAUGUGAAGGAAAUUGUGGACUAACAGUUUCUAGCCUUGUGUAAGUACAUUUAGUAAUAAAUAAUAACAAAUCUAAACAAUUUUCAUGACGCACGGCUGGAACAAAUGAUGGAAAUUCAUUUGUUCUGGACAUGUGGACCAUUUAAUAGCACUGAUUGAUACAUGGUUUGUCACUAAUCAUUUAUAGCAUCAGUAUAGUCUUUGUCAAUAUUUUAGUCUUUAAUCUAAUGCAUGAGCACAUUAUUUCACGUAGUCGGAUUGCAGAAGAGUUUGACAGUAUUGAAGACGUUCCUUCAUUGCACAAUUCCAAUAUGUUUUUAUAGGAACAGUAUAUGAACAAUAUGAAUGAUCAAGCAUUCCUUCAUAACCACUGCAGCACAAGCUUUACUGAUGCAAUAUUAAACCACAAGAGAGAUGGAGAGGUUUACUUUAAAUACAGCAAACACACACGCAGCCUCUGCUUUAAGUGCCCUUAAACUUUUACACUCUACUGUACUUACUAAUGCCGUAAUGUUUCAAAAUAGGAAAGUAUUACUGACCAGGAGGACUUGGUUUCUUCUGAAGCAUCCAUUAAAAGGAAGACGACCCUUUUGGCUGUAAUUAUCGAUUGUUUUUUGUUUUUGUGUUGGGGUGUGUGAUAUUUUUUUUUAACAAUGACCAAGCUGACAUUAAGUAUGUCACUAACUGUAGAAAAAAAGAAAACUAAACACAAAUAUUAUUGUAUAACCUAUAAUUUAAGUUUGUUUAUUAUUUUAAAAAGGUGUGUUCUAGUUUGAUAAUAAAAUACACGCAAGUAUAAUUUUUCAGAAUAUCAAAGCAUUGCCUUUUUAUUUUAUUCAACAGUUGUGUUGACAAUAUUGUCUAUUUUCUUUGUUUUGCUAAUCCAAAUAGUUGCCAACAAAACCAAAGUGUAAAAUAUUUUUUGUUCCUGAAUAAAUUCGUUUCUGAACAAAUCAUUUGAGUAAUCGAAUCAACGAUUCAUUCAAAAAGACAGUCACAUGCUUCAUUUCUAAAUUAAUCAACUGUUUUGAACAAGUGAAUGAACAAGUGAGCAAUUCAACGACUGGAUCAUUUAGAUUGGCUCUUGUUGCCACCUACUGGUGGUUUUAGUGUUACAUUUAUUUACUCACAAAAGGCGUAAAACAAGCCACAAAGACAUGAACAUCAAAAUGCUGUUUAAUUAUCAUUAUUAUCGCAAGAAAUUCUAUAAAAAAAUAUUGAGAUAUAUAUUUUUCGCUAAUUAAAUUGUUCCAAACAAAACCAGAGUAGAAAAUAUGUCAAAACAACAUUCGGGGAUAUUUUCCUGAAUAAAUCAAUUUAUGAAGGAAUCAUUUGAGUAAUUGAACGAUUCAUUCAAAAAGACAUGCAGUGACAGACAGACACUUACUGGUGGUUUUAGUGUCACAUUUAUCCAAAACUGGCGUAAGACCGGCCACAAAAACAUGCACAUCAAAAUACUGUUUAAUUAUCAUUAUUGAAAGAAAUUCUGAAAAAAUAUUGAGAUGUUUAUUUUUUCACUAAUCAAAAUAGUUGCAAACCAAACCAAAGUAGAAAAUAUUUAUCAAAACAGCACUGCAAUGUUUUUUCCCUGAAUUAAUCAACUUCUAAAGGAGUCGUUUGAGUAAUUGAAUGAUUCAUUCAAAAAGACAUGCUUAAUUUCUAAAUGAAUCGUUUGUUUUGAACAAAUCAUUUUAGUAAUUCAUUGAAUGGCUUAUUUAACACUAGUCGCCACCUACUGGUGGUUUUAUUUCACAUUUAUUUAUCCACAACAGGCAUAAAACCAGCCACAAAAAACAUGCACAUCAACAUACUGUUUAAUUAUCAUCAUCGAAAGACAUUAUCCAGAAAAUAUUGAGAUGUUUAUUUUUUCGCUAAUAAAAAAAGUUUGCAAACAAAACCAAAGUAAACAAUAUUUGUCAAAACAGCACUGUGAUGUUUUGUUUUUGAAUUUAUACAUUUCUAAAUGAAUCAUUUGAGUAAUUGAAUUAA